CCACAUUCAAACAUCCCCAACGACGACUAUAUCUACCACACUCAUCCACUCAUACAACCAUGCCGCCUAUCUCACUCUCAUCACUCCGCCUCGCCCUCCCUCGAACACCCGUAUCGACAGCCCGAACCCUCCCCUUCCAAACCCGAACCCUAGCUUCCAUCGCCGACUAUGAUCACAACCAAGACCAAGAUCCUUCCAAGACCUCCACCCUGCCCAAGGCAGUCAGGGAAAGACGAGCCAAGUUCCCUCAGUCCGGUACCAUCCAAUCGAAAUUUACCCCGGCACAGGAGAUCCGGUUCCAGACUCUGAGGGCUGAAGGGAAGUUGGGAGGAGACUUGGAUGAAGAGGGGGCGAGGAGGGCGUUUUUGGAGGAACAUGAUCUGUGGAGGAGUAGGGUUAGGGGGUAUCGGCAAGUGAAAGAACUCCCUGCGGACAUGGAGAACUUGGACAUCGACGAGGGGAUGGAGAGUCUUUCUUCCCCUUCAGGGGGCAAGAUGACACGGUUCACCACCCCCCACGCUCAACCCCCCGCAGAAACCCUAAUCGGCCAACGGAUCUACCUCCCCAACAUCCAGAUCCGUCUUAUGCGUAACCACACCCCCCCUGGGCAGCCUUACGACCCUUACACAGCUACCUUCCGCCUUCCCCCUUCGAUGACGAAGAAUGAUCUGAGGUCUUACUUGUUGGCGGUUUAUGGGCUGCAUGUGACGUUCAUCAGGACGGACCAGUAUAUCGCUCCCGUAGCUAGGGUAGGGACGGAUUUCCAACAACGCCGGAUCAAAGGGUCUCAGAAGAAUUAUAAACGCGCCGUCGUAGGCCUUCAUGAACCGUUCCACUACCCGGACGAUACCACCGAGCUGGACUCGCUUCUUUCUCAACCCGCUCCUUCCCCUCUUACCCACCCCGAACUCCCUUCCGCGGAGCUGGAAGCGUUAAAAGAGGAAGUGGAAACCAGACGAGUUAAGGCGAAAGAGGGGAAAGAGAGGAGGGAGAAAUGGUUGAACGAGGUUUAUAUGGUCGAAGCGCAAAAGAAGGGACGGAAGAGGAGUUUGAUGAAGAUGGCGAAGGGGUGGAGGUGGAGGGCGCAGACGCAUGAUAAUAAGGGCAACAUCGUCAGGGAGAUCAUGAAGCGACGAGCCGAGCGGGAAGGAGCGAUCGCCGCCGCCGCCCAGGCCGUCUAGAUGGGGCUGUAGAUGGGGACGCAGCACUUUUUAUACAUCAUGAACAGGCUCCUGAGAAAUCGAUCCUUGGGCGGGGGAGUUGGUA